UGCUUCCUUAAAGAUAAGGGGAUUGCAAAACAUUUUCUUGUUAUAUCUUGACACCUCUGGCUUUCAAAGAACCCACUUACACAAUUACUGCGUCAGUCCUGAUAAGCACGAGAAUUUUGUCAUUAAUAAAGAUAAGCUGAUAAGCUUAAUCUAGGGUGUGGACAGAUAUAGACAGAAGAGAGCAGCCAUUUCAACUGUUUUGUUAUACAUACAAAAUUACACACGGUUAAAAAACCAAAAAAUGGGCAUACUGCACAAAAGUAUUGUUUACACAGCUAUUUCAUUAGCUAUAAUAAGUCUUCUCAUUGACGAGGUGGAUGCACGGAGGAAGAUUCUUCAAGGAAGGAAAACCAUUACCAGGACAUAUUACAAGGCAAAUGCCGUGCCAGCAUGGGGAAUUGUGGUGAUUGUGGCUUGCAGUAUGAUAAUUGUUGGUGGGAUCCUGUAUGCUGUCAUGAAGAAGAUAAUUCUGGGCAGUAGCAGUAGCAGUUCUGGUGGUGCCACAACCUAUCAUAAUGAUGAUGAAGUAUAAUGUUACAACAAAUCAGACUCAUAAGAAUAUAAUUUAAAAUGAUAGUAUGACAAACACAUCAAAGCACAAACUAACACUGAAAGUGAUUAUGUAUUAGAUGUGUAACAUUACAAACUGCCAGUAACCUCUUUCUGUAAGGUGUCAGGACUCAAAAUAUGUUAAAUGAUUAUUAAAUAUCCAAAGUGUUUUUAUACACAUACAAAAUAAAUCAAUGGAGGCAAUGUUUAAUUCUGCA